UCCAAUGUAAUCGACGAGUUUACGAUAGAACGCAAUAAUUCUAGUGAAAUUCUAUAAGAAAUGUUUAAAAAUCUAAGAAAAUACAGAAAAGAAUAGAUUUCCUUGAAACAAAUGAAAUUGUGAAAAAUGGGCCUAAAAGUAUGCUUAGGAUUUCGGUUCAACAGACAAGUGCUAGUCUAGAGGAAAUCUCAAACGAAUGAUGUGAGCUGUGUUGGUAAACAAUAGAGUUCAUCGGGUUUAUGUGCGUCUCGUGUGUGUGUGUGUGUCUGAAUGUCAGUAUGUCGCAGAAGUAACAAAGGAGUUGUAAUUGAAAUGAAAUUGAAAUAAAAUAAACAAAAUUACCACAUCAAAUUCCCCUAAGAAAAUAUUUUCGAAAAUUAAAAACCCCGAAAAAUACCAAAAUUACCCUCUCUGACACUUUCUGCAGUAGAACAAACAAAAUAAAGCAAAAAAGAAAAACAAAAACUACUUCAAAAACCACCUCUUGACUUCAUUUCCAAGAAGAUGCAAAAUAGGAAUUUCUUAAUCAUCCCAGACGUCGUCAUCAUCGAUGCCAUCCUGCCACACAUGUGAUGGAUACACGCAGCAAACAGAAACGUCUUGGCCCGGCGCCAAUUGCUUCGUUCGAAAAGUCCUUUGAGGAUCCUUCACCAUUGACUGUAGCAACGAUAGCGGCUCAAAAUGAAAUUGCUGAAUCGGGCAAUAAUGCCGGACUCGGCGACGAGGGCGAAUUGGAAGUAAACCAAGUGAUUGGGAAUAUGGAAUGCAAUGACGAUGCUACUACAGCUGCUUGUGCCAUUGCCAAAGGCCUAAACGUUGCCGGCCAAUGGUAUGAAGAGAUGGAUAUAAAUGAUGGCGGAACAACAUGUAAACAGUCCAUAACAACGAAGCAAACGACAACAGCAAUGGCCACGGCAACGGCAACAUCCAUUAAAAUGACAACAACAGCAGCCACACCAGUCGACGGCCCCCUAACCACAACAACAAUGGCUAAAGGCGGCGGUGGCGGCGGCGGCAAUGGCAAUAGGACAAAAAUACCACCAGCACCACCCACAAGAUCGGCCACCACCACGACCACCACUACAGCCACAAGCAAAGCGUCGAACAACCCAGCCACAAAUACACUGAACCCAACAACACCGCGAAUUGAAUUGAGUCGUGCCUCAUCAUCGUCACAUCACGAGGAAGAUAGUCGCGAUAGUAGUCCUGAAAAUGUCUUUGAACAGGUGGGCACUGGCACCCUACAGGAAUCACUGGAUAUGGGUUUUCGCGAGGAAGGAGCUUUGGAAUUACGCAGCUCAACAGAGGAAUUGUAUUUUAUGGAUCCAAUGCAUAAAACGGAGGAAGAAGCUAAACUGCAACAACUGUUACAGCAGGCCAAGCGUUCAUCACCGCACAUGUUUAAGCUGGAAGAUCAUCAAACCUAUUUACAACAACACCAACGCAAAGAUUCCGCCAGUUCUGAAGUUGCCGCUCUGCUCUGCAUUUCCGGACGUACUAGUCGCAUUUCCAGUGUCGGCAGUCAGGGUUCCGCCGUAAGUCGUCUCUCUGCCGUCUCGGGUGUAUCACGUUCUCCGUCACCACAUCGUAUGCUGUUGGAGACUUCGUUUUGUGGUCCAAAACCAGUUGAGACCGUCAUUGGUGUCAGCAUUGGCUCCGUGGCUGAUCAUCCGGCCACAGCAUUGCUGGAACAGGUGCUAUUGGCACGCAAUCAAGACACCACCCAGGCUAUAUUAGCCGAAGGUAUUCAACUGGAAUCAUCACCCAAGCGGCGACCACCUACAUCCCUGACCAACGGCGAUGCCAAGCUGACGGCCAAAAUCAAAGCCCAAAAUCAACCGGAGACGCGAGAUGUUAACGAAAUCUCCGUGAUGGGCGCCCAACGUUCAUCGACCAAAAGUCCCGGUCAAAUGAUUGUCGGUAAGACUCCCAGUGGUACCGAGUACAUACGCAUUAACCUUAAGCCCGAUCACAUGUACGAUGAUCAGGGCAUUGCGCCCCAUGAAAAAAUAGUAGAUGCCCCCGAUUCGCUAGUCCCCCCGUAUGCUCGUUCUCAAACAAAACCUGCCUCUCUGUGUCUAACACAAAAAUCUAAAGGAGAUAAUCUUUUAACGCCCACAGUGAGUCCCAAGCCUUCGCGUAAAUCCAAGGACCAUGGUAGUCGUUCGCCUUCACCUGCUACCGUAUCGGUUUCCAGGAAAUCCUCGUUCAGUUCGUUAUUCCGUUUCGGCGGCGGUGGCGGCAAGGAUUCGCCCGACUCGCCACGUGAUCGUGCCAGGCCACGCAGCAAGAGUAAAGAACGUGGCCAGACGCCCCAGUCCCAGAACCCCACUCCGAAUAAACAAAAAUCCGUGCUGGCCAUAUUUAAGCCCGGCAAGCGUGGUAGCUCAGCCGGAGCCGAGAGCACCAGGGCAUCCAAAACCUCCUCGCCCGUGGACUCGCAUGAAAUGCAACAACUACAGCCCAGAAGUAAAUCUCAAACACCUGUUGUAUCAGCAGGUGGUUCCCGGCCCAACAGCCGCCUGCGCUACUACGAUGACCCCGUGGAUGGCUAUAUACACAUACCGCUGCAUACGCCACCCGAGGAGAAGGAAGCACGCAAAAUUUUCCAGAACAUUGAAAGCCUUAACAAACCAGUUCCGGUUCCACCGGAACCGCCAAUAAAACCGCCUCCCCAGGCCACGGCCAUUACGAUGAGCGAUCUGCAGGCCGCCGUUAAAAAUCUCAAACCAGUAGGGGCCCGAAAAAACUCGAUUACGGGGGCACAUGUGCCCCCGCCCCCUCCUCCACCGCCACCACCAUCCAAGGUCGCGGUAGCCCAACAGCAAAAGCAACAGCCUCAGCAGCAGCGGACACCGGUUCCACUUAAGCACAUAGAAAAUCUGGAUGCCAUUCACUCCUUGUCUCAGGAUGAUGAAAACAAGGAGCGAAACUGGAGCCUGGAGGUCAAUCGGCACAGUUCUCAGGACUCCCAGGAGACAGUUGGUUCGGGUGAAAGUUAUGCCAGUGCCAUAAGGGUCACCACCCAGAAACCCCAACUGGCCGAAGUUAAGGAGCAUGUGGUGCAGGAAAACGGUGUAGAAGCCGAAAUCCAUCGCCUGCCCUCUGUGGAGAGUACAACUAGUGCGGCCGAAGUGAGGGUAGUGGAAACGAAAGCCACCAUUAACAAUGCCGGCAUGCUUGAAGGUGAUGCCAACACCAAGGAGAGACGCAAGAUUCUCUUCACCACCCGCCUGGGAAGCGGUAGCCAAGAUCAGAUAUUUGCCACCCAGUUCAGCAUAUCCAAGACGGAUAGUGUCUCCAGCCACAUGUCCGAGAAUACGCAAGACACAUUGUCCGCCGAGUCCACCAACGAUAAUUUGCGACGGCAAAACACGGUCAUAAAGAAAUCUCCCGAGGAAGUUAGUGAUGCUGCUCCAGUCCUGAGCCGAAAGGAGUCUUUUACCAUGGAACGCAAAGAUUCGAUGAAAAUGUCUCGCAAAGAUUCCUUCAAAAUGGAACGUUCUGAGCCACCUCGGGCGAUAGAACGCAAAGAAUCAUUCAAAAUGGAACGCAAGGAGUCCUUCAAGAAGUCUCCCCAGGCCAUAGCACAAAUUGAAGAGCAAAGGGAGAUUAUCAAGAAAUCCGAAACCAGAGACUCGCUCAAGAAGCAAGACUCCCACGAGCGAUUUAUGGUGACACGCAAGAAAUCGGUGUCAACAUCGGAAGAUGAGGCCAAGAGACGAUCAAGUUCCUCCACCACCGGACCACCUGUCGUUCUAAGACGUAAGCCGUCGGCCGGUGAAGAAUAUGCCAAAACGCAUCAGUCACGUUCCACUUCGGAGGAUGACAAUGAGGUGGCCAUGGCCAAUCAUCGUCACUCGCGAUAUUUGGAAAGCUUCGAUGUGCGCAAGAAGUAUCACGAAAAUGUACAGGGUCCACCAGUGCCACGCAAACCCCGACGACAAAGCGGCGGCAGUGGUGGUGGUCAGGAAGCCAACCCACCUGAAACUAUACAAACCUCCCAGGAGCAAACCAAAGAGCAAUAUCAACGUAAACCACAACCACAGCUGCCUCAACCUCCACCACCCUCAACAGAUCCCACUCCGUUACCCUCACCUUCCCUCAGAGAAAUGGAAAACGCAACACCCACACCAACGCCAUCGGGGCAAACGAAAAGUGAGCCCCGCUCCCAGUCACAAUCUCCGGUAGACAAAGCUCGACAAACACCUCCCAAGCCCCCAAGGACUUCAACACCCACUCGUCGUUCGCAGGCAGCUUCUCCCACAAAAACCUCCUCCUCAUCUGUUCCUACUUCAUCGGUGGCGGCGGUGGGUUCCGGCACUCCCAUUAAAAAGCCAUAUUCGCACAUCGACAGACAAUCAGUUCACUCUACCGACGAGCCGGUAGAGUCUUCAGAAUCUGAACGUGAUUCGGACUUGGCUGCAGCUGAACUAAAGCGACGUCAUCUAUCGCUGAAUGUGGGCUGCAUUGAAGAUCAUGAAAGCACUGGCCUGGUGUCACAGGAAUCAUUCGACGAUGAGCUUCCCUAUAUUCCCACAAAUCUGCCAGAAGAGAAGGCCCAGCCGGUUUCGCUGAUACCCAUGAAGGAUAGAGCCAAUAUGGAAUUGAAGACCUGUCCCGUGGAGCGGCCACGUUCGACCACACCCCUCAAUCCUUCGCAUCUGGAAGAGUACUGUGGCAUAGUCAAUACGCCAGAUGCAACGCAUGAUUUUCCCGGCUCUGCUCCGGUUCGUGGGGAGAAGCUGAGAAUUAGUCUGCCACGCAAGGAUUCCAAGAAGGAUAUACAAAGUAGCAAAUCUCCGCGACGCAUAUCCAAUGCCAGCGGGAAAUCAUGGUUUGAGUUUGCCGAGGAAGGACUACGUGCCACGACUGCCCACCUGGAGCGUAGAGAUUCGAAUAAACAGCUUAUGCAACAGCAGCAGAAACCUCCGGCUGCAGCGAUGACAGUGCGAGAGCCGCCUACGAAACCCAAACAAGAGGUAACAAAACCCAAAACUCCAACCACCAAACCUAGAACUCCGACACAAAGAAAACUUUCCGGUCAUUGGAUUGACUUUGAAAAUAUUCCAGAAAAACGAAAACCUCCCAAGAAAAUAACCACCUUGCCCCGAGACAGUAGCAGUGUUAAGGCCUCCGCAGCAUCCUCCUCCUCGUCCACCCUAACGCAAUCCCGAUCGACAACGAAUGGCAAAAGUUUGGCGGGCAAUGAUGCAGCAUUCAAGACGGCACAGGCCUUCGAAGUACCCAAGUCGCAGACACCAGAUGUGGCGGCGUCCACGGCAAGUCGAUCCUCCGCCACAACAACCGAUGGGGCUGGUACACCGCAUUAUGAUUAUGUCAAACCAGAGGACUGUCAGUGUGAAUGUCAUGAGACGAAGGGUAAGGAUGCGGAUGGUUUGGCGGACACAACUGGUGGAGGAACGUGUUCAGCUUCUGGCACGGGAACAACAAACACUGCAAACGCAACGGGAAAUAAACCACAACAGGGUGUAGAUCUAUUGCAACAGGGUGACGAUAUGUUACCGUUAUUGAGUCAGGAUUCACACGAUGGCAUUGAACCGAGUGACUCAUCGCGAGAAUUUAGCUGUUAUACAGAUGAUGAAAUGGAUUUGCCCACACGUAGUUCUAGUCGUUCCAAAAGUAGUUCUUCAAAGGUGGAUGAAUUUCCCCGACGUGAUGUCCCAGCUCACAAUAUUAGACAUAAGAAAUUUCCCGAUAAGUAAAACAAAAAUGUAAAACGUUUUAAAUAUGUCAUUGAAGAAGAUCGUUACAAAGGAAGUGCUAAGUAAAAUAAAUAAGAAUGUUCCCGUUUCUAGAAUAGCAAAAACAAAAACUAUUUUUACUACAACUAUUACAACAGUCUAACAAACCCUGGGCUGUUAUUCAAAGUUCUUUAUUUCAUUUUCCUCCAAUAGAAACUGUUGCAUAUUUUUAGGAGCAUGUUGAAAAUUGCCAUAGUUUUAAUUUGUUAAAAUCUCUUUUGUAUUAAUUUAUGUGUUUGGAAUCCUUGCCACAAAAAAAAAAAAACAAACAUAGACAUGGUAACAUAACUAGACGAGUUUAUAUAGAAUCAGGGAUAUUAUUUUAUUUCCUUUUUUUCGAGUAAAUGGACUUUCCAGAACAAAAAAAAAAAUUGAAUAAUUUUUUUUAUGCCAACGGUAAUAGGAAAUAGGAACUGAGUUAUUGUUACUCUUUUGUGUCUUCAAAAAUAGAAAUGAAAGAAACAAAAACAAUACUAAACUGCCAUCAUUAUGGUACAUUGAACUACAAACAUAUUGACAUACCUACAUAGAAAACAAAAACAACUAAGAAAAAAAUUGCUAAAAACAAAACAAGAAAGAACAGCAUAACAUAAAAAAUAACAAAAACACAAACAUACAUACAUAUAUACUUAAACAACUGCAUAUGCCAUAUGAAAAAGACAUGCCAGAGAAACUAUAGCAAUACAACUAAACAAUAUACAUACAUACAUACAAACAUGCAUAUACAUAUUUACAUAUAUAACAACUAUACUAUAUACAACAUACACCUAAACAAACAUUUAAACUAAAAUAUAUCAACCAAAAGACAAAAAAAAACAAUAUUUAAUUCUCUUUAAAUAGAUGUAUUUUGAUUAAAAAACAAUCUUUUGUAUGUGUGUCUGACAUUUAUCAUCUCCCCUCCCCAUAGCAUUCUCUUGUCCCCAAAUUUCUUAAAAAUGUUUAAUUUCUUCAAAAGAUUUCAUUAAUAUUAAACAAAAAUGAAAUGCUCAUACCAGGCCUCUUUAGAUAGUGAAACAACACCCCAAGUGCAGCAGACAUUCAAAGAAAAUCACUACAACAACAGCAACCUAACUAUAUAAAUAUAGAAAAAAGAAUAAA